AUGGACUCCGCCCUUUUUGGUUGGCUUGGAAACCGGCGCAGCGUUGUUCAAGUUUGUAAAAUCACGGCAUGCUAGCUUAUCGCGUACCGCUAGUUAGCUUCGCAUAUGGAUGGUUUGUGUUAAAUCUGUCUGCCGAACAAUUUUAAUUUUAUUCUCUCUUGCAGUAGCGUACUUGGUUAGCUUUGUAGCCACUAAAAAUCAAAAUAAUGUGUGAUAGAUUCCUUCCCGUUCUCCGAUUUCAAAUCACAAAACUAAAGUUAUCCAUUAUAUGUAACUGUUAGCUGUGUUUUGUAUGUGGAGAGUGGAAAACUCGCCGCUCGGAUUCGUCUGGUGUGUGAAUGAGAGAUACUUUGGUGCCUGAGGAUGGCAGCAGGUGAGAGUGAGAACCGGGCAAAGAUCCGGAACCGAUUUAACGAGGUGUUCAACAAAUACACUGAAUCUGAGAAGAAAAACCCUCAAGUCCAAGAGACCAUCGUGCUUCAGACUUUAAAAAAGAAUCUUGAGAAAGACACAGAAGAUGAUGACACAAUCCUCCAGAACACAUACCUCCCUGAACAGAGCAGCCCUCGCUUCAACAAGAACAAGCAGAGAGAAAGGGAAAAAACACAAAAGAUUAAUACUGAUAUCAGCAGAAACCAAGAAGAGAUUCCAACAUUAAAAGGAACAAGAAAGAAAAAGAGGGAUCUUCAAUUUCCCACUGUACUCAAGAACUUGACAAGUUUCACUGAGAAAGAUGCAGAUGCUUCCAAGUCUGAGAUGUCUGUGGAACCAGAUGAUGUCAUGGGUGGAAAAGAAGUAAAGCGAAAAAGUAAGAAGGAGAGAAGCAAAGGAGAAGAAGCGGCCAAGGCAGCGAGAAGGGUCGGGGACACAGAAGACACUUUGAUGUAUGAAUACCAGAAACAGAUUGCACAACAGGAAGAGAGUGCUGCCUCCCAAGUAAAGUUAAAUAAUGAUGUUGGGAAGAAGAAAAAAAAGAAGCUGAAAUCUGUUGUGACAGAAUUGGAUGGAGGGGAUCACGAAGAAAAUGCAGAGCAGGAUAUUAAUGUGGAAAAUGAGGCUGAAUCGAAACAAAAGGGGAAAAAGAAGAAGAGAAAGCAGAUCAUCAAUGAUGACAGAGAGCCAGAGGCAGAAAUGCUGCAUGAACAAACAUUUGAUGACAGCCUUGUGCUGGGAGUGUUCAUCCACAGGACAGAUCACCUCAGGGUUAACUGCUUGAGUUCACACCCCAUGGUGAAGAUCCACGUUAUCGAUGAGAAUACUGAUCAGUAUGUGAAGAAAGAAGACAGUCAUCGGCCCGUUUCCUCAUUUUAUGAGCAAGACAACAUUGGGUAUAUUCUGCCCAUCAUGACUCAGCCUUUUGACUUCAAGAAGAAGAAAUCUGUCAUCCCUGAGUGGCAGGAGCAGGUCAUCUUCAAUGAACGCUUUGGUUAUUUUGUUCAGCAAAAUGAGGAAAGCCCCAAGGUUAUACUCUUCUUUGAAGUCCUGGAUUUUCUAACAAUGGCAGAAGUGAGAGCUAACAUUGAAGUUGACACACAUGAGCGAGGUUUCAAGAAAAUUGCCUGGGCAUUCCUCAAGCUUGUCGGCACCAAUGGUUCACUGAAUAUCAACACAAAACUUCGUCUCCAGCUUUUCUGCCCUCCAUUCCGUGCAAAGAAAUCACCAAAAGCAGUCGAGGUGGUGGAGUGGUGGAGAAAGCAUCCUCGAAUCAAAUAUGCAUCCACCUUUUACGUUACAGUGAAAGGCAUCAAACUCCCAGAGCACGUGGACCCCUGUGUCCGUUCCAUGAUGGCACUACAAGAAGAAAGGGGCCACACGUCUUACAGUGAACUGCAGAGCGACGCCACCAGGAGAAGCCUCUCACAGCCUCUAGAUGUCAAGCUGGCAGCAUCGAUGUGGAGCAGGCUGCCUGGUCAGGCCUGUCGGAUUCCGAACAAGCCCAUCCUGUCAUUUUGUGGUGGUCAGAUGGGCUGUUUCACAGUGCGAUUCUCUCAUGCCGGGACAGCACUGGCUGCUGCUUGCGCUGACAGAGAUGCUUUUCCUGUUCUAGUGUAUGAGAUCCCCUCUGGUAAGGUUUUAGCUGCAUUCAGCGGACAUUUCGAAAUAGUCUACGAUCUCUGCUGGUCCAGGGAUGACCACAGUCUUUUGUCUGCAUCUUCUGAUGGAACUGUGAGAGCAUGGAAUAUUGAGAAGCUUCUUGGACCCUCACAGAAGGUUCUUCCUCACCCACCAUUUGUGUACUGUGCUCAGUACCACCCCAGAGCCCAAAACCUGGUGGUGACUGGGGGCUAUGAUGGUCUGCUACGAGUCUGGAGGCUUGACGUGGAUGACGUUAACGGCCAACUACUACAGGAGUUGGAGGGACACUGCAGUUUUGUCAACACAGUUUGCUUUGACCUUGAAGGAAGAAGAAUGUUCUCAGCAGACAAUAAAGGCCUGAUCAUUAUAUGGAACACGGUCAACGGCACCAAGAAACAGCAGUCAUGUCAUCACUGGUGUAUAGAAAAGAAAAUUUAUGAGCAAGACUUCAGGGGUACCCCCAUCAACAUGCUGCAGCUGCAUCCAAGUGGACGUUCUCUGCUCAUCCACACCAGAGACAGUGUCCUGAGGAUGAUGGAUUUGAGAAUCCUGGCCGUAAUGAAAUACACCGGAGCCACAAACUACAGAGAAAAAAUCCAUAGUACUUUAACACCAUGUGGGAACUUUAUCUUUUCCGGUAGCGAGGAUGGGAUGGCGUACGUGUGGAAUACUGAAACAGGUGACCAAGUCGCAGUGUACUCCGAGCUUUGUUAUACCACAGCUCUGCACAGUGUGUCGUUCCACCCUCAUGAAAACAUGGUAGCUUUCUGCUCCUUCGGUCAGAGCCAUCCUAUUCAUCUCUACCUCUAUGACCACAAAGUUUCUCAGAUUCACAAUAUAAAGGAAGCAGCUCGAUCAGCUUCUGCAGACUCCAGAAACACACCUGACCCUCUAGUGAACCAAGAGACAUCUGUUUCUUCAACCAUGGAUCAGUAUGCCAGAGCAAAAAGAUUUUCACUGAAAAUGAAGUAUGUCAAGGAGAAGCUGGAUUCAGUACUGGAACCACAGCCACAGUCUUCGAUGUCUGGAUACUUGUAUGAACAAGACAAAAUGAGCAUAACUCCCAUGGGGACAAGAUUAACACCGGAUGCUGACACAGGAGGAUUAAAUGUUUCCUUCCCACCUUUGUCUCUCCUGUCACCGUUCUCCAAGCUGCAGCUCUCUGGUUCUGUGACAGAGAAGCAUGUCCCCCAGAGCAGCCAGCUCUCUGGCUUCAGUGCAGCUGGUCAGUUGCAAAGAGGAACUCCAUCAUUCCACCUGCAGACUAAUGUGCUUGAGCACGUUCUUUUAGGCAUCAAUGUGGAAACAGCUUCUGCCCCAGAAGUAGUUGUCUCACUCCAUGACUACUGUGCUAAUCGAUCUGAUGAACUGACCCUCCACCGUGGUGAUGUCAUACGUGUGCUGUACAAAGACAAUGACAAAUGGUGGUUUGGACGCCUAACCAGCGGGCAUCAGGGAUAUUUUCUCGCUUCUUAUGUAGCAGAUCAGAGAGAGUUCAAGGAAGAGGUGACUCAGUCUGUGGAUGUAAACGCAGCCUUAUCUGAGGGGACGGUCGAAAGGUCAACGCAAACCAAGGCAUCUGCUGCCGUUAGCUCUGGGGAAAUACGGUUUAUUUCGGAACGGGACACCGACCCUGAGGUGACUGACUCCAAAUCGAAGAGGAAAACAAAAAUUAAGAGUUCAAGACUUCCUCCACCAUUAUCUCAGGCCACACUUUCUGUUCCAGGUGUUUCACCAUUGAGCAGCAGCAGCAGUAGGAAACCUAGAUCAACAGGUAGACCUGUUGAUUCCAAAGCCACCAACAGGCCAGACAAACAGCUCCUUUGAGUCCGAAGCAUCAACCUAGUCCUUUAAAAUUGCACUACUUUUGUCAAUAAAAAUUGAGGUUUAUGUAAUACGACAUUUACAUCGUAUUCAAACAGUAGACGUGGUUUAACACGGAUAUACUGAACACUGACUGAACAUGUGUUGGACCCAUUGAGAUGAAAGAGCUUGACACUGGCCAGACACUAUUAAUAAAGGACCUGUGAGCG